ACCAAUAAAUAUAUCCUUUUCAAGAAGGAAAAAGAAAACAAUAUAACGAUCUUCUUACACCCAACCCAAAUACGUAUACGAUAAAAAAAAAAGAUACGUAAACCAAAUACUUUUGUGGGUUAGCCGGAAAGUACAAAGAUGAAUGCGGUGAGAUCGGCGUUAGGCGAUAUGGUAAUAACCUUUUUGUGGGUUAAUCUCUCGGCCACGUUUGGGAUACAGACGGCGGCGAUUGUUUCCGCCGCCGGGUUUCAUGGUAUCACUUGGGCGCCUCCGGUGAUCUCAACAUUGGUGGUUUUCGUCUCUAUCUCGGUUUUUACGGUUAUUGGAGAUUUUAUCGGCGGCGCUAGCUUCAAUCCUUGUGGAAACGCAGCGUUUUAUACCGCUGGCGUUUCCGGAGAUUCUCUCUUCUCCUUGGCCAUUCGAUCACCUGCUCAGGCAGUAGGUGCAGCAGGGGGUGCCUUAACGAUCAUGGAGAUGAUACCGGAAAAAUACAAGACUAUGAUUGGAAAACCUUCACUGAAAGUUGAUGCACACAUUGGAGCUAUUUCAGAAGUGAUUCUAGGUUUUUGUGUCACAUUUUUGGUUUUGCUAAUUAUCCUAAGAGGUCCUCGAAAACUCCUCGCCAAGACUUUCUUGCUCGCAAUUGCUACCGUCUCGGUGUUUAUGGUUGGAUCUAAAUUCACUAGACCAUUCAUGAAUCCUGCCAUUGCUUUUGGGUGGGCAUAUAUAUACAAGUCUCACAACACAUGGGACCAUUUCUAUGUGUAUUGGAUCAGCUCCUUCACCGGAGCCAUUUUAUCUGCGACGCUCUUUCGGAUUCUAUUUCCACCGCCACCUCCGAUCCAGAAAAAGCAGAAGAAAGCCUGA